CCAGUCUCGUCUGCGAUGCUACGGAGAAGGUCCGUUCCCUGAACGGACAAUCGCCUAAAACUCCAUCUCUAAAACCAGAAAAAAAAAAAUCCAAAAAUAAAAGCCAUCAAAACCCCAAAAAUAAAAUUAUCCACGAAUUAUAAUCAUCCAGUGCUUUCAAUUCUGUUGACCCGAGUGUCGAGACAAAAAAAGAAAAUCGAGAGAAUCGAGUCCAGACGGAACUUUCCCCUGCGCACCUGCGGGUCAUUGCGAUUUCUACCGUUUAGUUAUUCCCUGAUGGAGAAAAUCCCCUGGGGUUGACUGAGCAGACACAGAACAAGACAAAAGGAGGUAGAAGGGGAUCCAGAGGAUGAUGAGUUGUGCCAAGUCUUCCUGGUGAUCGUGAUGGUAUCUCCGAGCAUCUGAAUCACGUCAAUCUACCGCGGACGGAUAAAUAAAGCGGAGGCGUGCGUUAUAUGAUUCACAUUUUCCCUGACUCGACAGUUUGUUCCGUGACACCGGACCCAUAAACCCAAAAUUUUUGACAAUUUUUUUUUGAGGGACUGCUCUAGUUGUUCGAAUUACCACGUGUCUCAUGAGUUUGUUUAUGAGUGGUUUUGGGAUAAUUAUAGCUGGGUUACACUAGUUUUCGUGCGUUGAACCUGUGCGGCGAGUUGAAUUUAAAUUUGAGAUUUUAUGGAAAAAAUCUGGACAGUCUAAAAGAAAAUUGUAGUUGAACAAUUAAAUAAAUAAAAAGGAUCAGCGAUUGGUAUUGAUAUGGAGUUGAUGAUCAAUUGAUAAAUACUGUAAUCGUGAAGAGAAAGUGACGAUAAGGAAAUCGAAUAGAGGAAAUGAUUGACUUGAUGGUGUAGAUCGGGAAAAUUGAUGUUGAGUAUUUGAAUUGAAUUGAUUGAGCUGAAUUGAUUGGAAUUGAGAGAUUUAUUUAAUUGGUGAGGAUGUCGGGGGAUACUACAACUUCUGAUGAAGAAGGAUCUCAGGAAGACUCGGGACAGUACGACAUCGAUGAUCUAGAGAUGAUCAAAACGAUCGGUACCGGUACUUUUGGCCGAGUGGUGCUUUGUAGACAUCAGGGCAGUCCCUUAGCACUCAAAGUCCUCUCCAUGGUCGACGUGAUUCGACUUAAACAGGUGGAACACGUCAGGAAUGAAGUUUCAGUCCUCAAAGAAGUCAAUCAUCCUUUUAUAGUCAACAUGUUGUGGAGUGGCAGAGACUCAUCGAACGUCUACAUGCUCCUGGAAUUCGUAGCCGGUGGUGAAUUAUUCUCCUACUUGAGAGCAGCUGGAAGAUUCUCCGUCCCCACCAGUUGCUUCUAUGCAUCAGAAAUUGUUUGUGCCCUGGAUUAUCUCCACUCAAGGCACAUUGUCUACCGUGACUUGAAGCCGGAGAAUCUGUUAUUAGACAGCCAGGGCCACCUCAAAAUCACAGAUUUCGGUUUCUCCAAGAAGCUCACAGACAGAACCUGGACUUUGUGUGGAACACCAGAGUAUUUAGCACCCGAGAUAAUCCAGAGCAAAGGCCACAACAAGGCAGUGGAUUGGUGGGCCCUAGGUGUUCUGAUCUACGAGAUGCUAGCUGGAUAUCCACCCUUCUUCGACGACAAUCCCUUCGGCAUCUACGAGAAAAUUCUAGGUGGUAGGAUAGAGUGGCCCAAGCACGUGGACCCCGUCGCCAAGGAUCUCAUCAAGAAGCUUCUCGUAGCCGACAGGACAAAACGACUCGGCAACAUGAGACAAGCAGCUGAGGAUGUCAAACGUCACAGAUGGUUCAAGCUGAUUGAUUGGAGUUUGGUUCCUCAAAGAGCAUUGACCCCACCGAUUCACCCCAGGGUAAAGGCCCCAGGUGAUGCCAGUUGUUUUGACGACUACCCAGAGAUCGACUGGAGAUCACAGCCACCUCUUCCCCCAGAUCAAUUGGCCCUGUUCCAGGACUUCUGACGAGCACUCCAGUCUGAUUGAUGUUGAAACCGAGUCGUCGAAGACCUGAGCCCUCGAAGAUGUUAUGGAUUCACCUGGGGUUUACGCUCCCCAGGAGAUCCAAUCGAUUUUUUUUAUCACAUUUGUUUUUCUCUUUUGUAAAUAGACCGCUGUUGAGAGAUUAUUUAUUUGUUAGAGUGAGGCUUUGUAAAUAAAUAAAGAACUGCUGGACCCAGUGGUAUCGAUCGUUAAAACGUGA